UGUCACUACUCGUUCUAACUGGAGGAUGUCCCAGAGAAAACGAGACUGGGUUGUGAGAGAGAGAGAGAGAGAGAGAGAGAGAGAAUUGAAUUGAGAAAGAGAGAGAGAAUCAACUUUUUUCAAACAACAGCCAGCAGAAAGAGGGGAGGGGAAAGAAGUUGGACAUGAUCACUCCGGCAGGAACUUUUUAUUUUCCCUGGUAAGAAGGCUCCAGCAGAAAAAGUAUUGAAGGGAGAGAACAGUGUGGAUUACAACGGGACAGCAGCAAAAGGGUUUUUACCUGCCUCAGCAGCAUAUAGACUACUGUAGAUUUUGGAUUAAUGUUGUCGUAACUGCGGGGAUCUAACAAUAGCUGUAGCAGUCGAGGUGUGUGUGUAUCCAGAGGAGUGCGUCAUGAGAAAUCUCCGCUUCCUGGUUCUGCUCUCCCUCAGCCUCUGGUCAUGUGACCUGGGAGCAUCAUCCAAAGAAGUACGAUGCCCUUCCCAACAGGUAGAUGACUGGAAAUUCCCUCAGACGGCCAGACACAACAUCACAGGUUUCAAUCUGGUGCGGCGCUUCUCCCUGCUCAAGACAGCAGCGGUCAGGAAGAUCCGUAACCCCCGAGGACCCGUUAUCCUCCGACUGGGCAAGACAGCACUCAUCCACCCCACAGAUCAGGUGUUCCCCCAUGGUCUUCCUGAUGAGUUCACGCUGGUCUUCACUUUGCUCCUCAAGAAGAAAACACUGAGAGACAACAUCUACCUCUUCCAGAUCUCUGAUGAACAGGGAUACCCACAGUUCUCUCUUGACCUGAAUGGCCCUGAGGCCACCCUGUCCCUGCGUGCGCGGGGGGCCGACCCCCUGAGUGACCCAGUUGGGUGUUUGUUCAGUGGGGAGGGCGUGGAGUCUCUCCUGGACAGUGGCUGGCACAAACUGGCCCUCAGCGUCCAACAGGGAGCAGCCUCUCUACACGUGGACUGCAGCUCCAUCCAGACCAUGCCCCUGGAGCCCCGGGGAGAGCUUCCCACCGAGGGACACACCCUGCUGGGCAUCAGAGCCACUGAUGCUGCCCCUGUGGAGAUGGACAUUCAGCAGGUGAUGGUGUACUGUGAUGCCUCCCUGGCCAGUCAGGAGGCCUGCUGUGAGAUACCUGGUGCUCGGUGCCCCCCUGGUGCCCUCAAGAGUCGCCGCGCUGCCGAAAACGACCCGGAGCAGCAGGUCCUUGCCUUUAAUCAGUUGGCUUCAGUUGGACACGCUGGACAGCACGGAAUGAAGGGAGAGAAGGGAGAUCGGGGUUCAGACUGCAGUGAAUCUGGAUCUGGUACAUGCAAAGAGGGACGCAUGGGACAGAAGGGGGAGAAAGGCGAGUCUGUGCUGCCUGCUAACUGGGGAGAAGCUGUCGGACACAAGGGAGAUAAAGGACAGAAAGGGGAUAUUGGUCUCCAGGGACUAUCUGGAACCCCAGGAAAGGAUGGUCGUACUGGAUCCAUCUGUGUGGUGGGACCCAAGGGACAGAAGGGUACCUCUGGAAAGUUGGGGCCUGAAGGACUAGCAGGAGAACCGGGAAAACCCGGACUUCCAGGAUUGCCAGGAAUUGGAAAACCAGGCCUGCCAGGCUUGCCAGGCACUCCUGGAGGACCUCCUGGAUCGAAGGGAGACAAGGGGCAUUCUGGGACACCAGGGAAAGAUGGAGAACCAGGAGAUCCUGGUCCUAGGGGUCCUGGUGGUGGUAAAGGAGAUAAGGGUGACCCAUGUGAGGUGUGUCCCGUCCUGUCUGCAGACCUGGGCAACACUGUGGCCCUCCACGGGAAGACGGGACCCAAAGGAGAGCCUGGGGUCCCUGGGAUAGGAGACCCUGGCCUUCCGGGUCUUCAAGGAGCAGAUGGGAAGGCAGGAGAGAAGGGAGAGGUGGGGUCGGAUGGUGUCAAAGGGGAAAAGGGUGAUGCAUGUGCUGUGUGCCCCACCCUGAGUGAAAUACCUGCUGCCAACCUUGUUGCCAUGGAACAAACCCUGAGACUCAAAGGAGAGAGAGGAAAACCUGGGCUGGGACAGAAGGGAGAACAGGGGGAACCUGGAGUCAGUGGCCUGGCAGGGCUGAGAGGAGAGAAGGGUAACACUGGUGGCAAAGGAGCUGACGGUAAAACGGGCAAAGCUGGACCCAGAGGACCUAGUGGCAAGGAUGGACUGAAGGGGAUAAAGGGAGAUCCAGGGAUUCCUGGUCUAGGAACUCCAGGCCCUAAAGGAGAGAAGGGUGCGUCGUGUGGGGUGUGCCAGUCUUCUCCCUCUGAGGUGGGCAGUGGGACGUCCUUCGUCAAGGUGCUAGCGGGUGAAACUGGCCCUCCAGGGCCCGCCGGGCCUGCAGGAGAGGGCACCGACGGCAAACAGGGUGUUCCAGGUCGUGAUGGUCUAAGGGGAGAGAAGGGCGACCAGGGUGAGCAGGGAGAUCAAGGAUUAGCCGGAACCCAUGGAACCCAGGGCCUGCCUGGAGAGCCUGGUCGGGAUGGACUAACUGGACUGAAGGGAGAGAAGGGAGAGGCGUGUGAGAGCUGUGCGCCUGUCUCUGGGCAACAGAUGGGUGUAGGAGGGAUGCAGGGACCCAAGGGAGAGAGGGGCGACCCGGGACCCCCAGGAGAGGGGAAAGCAGGGAAACAUGGCAAACCAGGUCUUCCCGGUGUCCAAGGGCCUAUAGGACAAAAAGGAAGCCAGGGUGACACAGGAGUUGAAGGGGUGGGCAUCCCAGGACCUCAGGGAGCAGAAGGACCCAGGGGCCUACCAGGGGUGGCAGGUCCUCAGGGAAUUAGAGGACUUACUGGACCAGUUGGGCCUGCUGGGGACAUGGGUCCUAAAGGAGAGGAGGGGCCUCCAGGGCCACAGGGGCCCAUGGGUGUAGGUGUUACAGGACCCCCGGGUAAAGACGGCAAAGGUGGAUCCAAUGGAAUCCCAGGAGCCGAUGGAAGAGAUGGAACUGACGGAGCCAAGGGGGACAAGGGUGAACCUGGAGACUGUAACUGUAUCAGCUCUCCAUACACAGGAACAGGUGGACCGGGAGCACCAGGAACUCUGGGAGGAAACACGUGGCAGGGGCCUCCGGGACCACCAGGUCCUCCUGGUCCUCCUGGGCCACAGGGCUUCAUCGGCAUCACAGGACCCCAGGGUAACCCUGGCAACGACGGGGUACCAGGGCAGCCGGGUCUGCCUGGGAGAACUCAUCUGAGGCUGCCUCAGGAUGAGGACCCCAGUCGAGGAGAUGGAAAGAAGGUGUGUGAGGACUGCUCCAAGGGCUUGCCAGGGGUACCAGGCAUGGCGGGCACCAAGGGAGAGAAAGGAGACGAGGGCAAGACUGGCAUAGGCAAUGCUUCCGACGGCUGUGAGAGGUGUUUCCUAAACCAAAGGCUGCAGAGUGAGGAGGCUGCACAGGCACCUACCACCACCAACGCCGAUGGAGCUAAUGGAGGCUGCUCCGGACCAGGAACACCAGGCCACCCAGGAACACCAGGAACACCAGGAUCACCUGGAAUAAGGGGAGAGACGGGUCCUCAGGGGCAAAGGGGACAGGCUGGAGUACCAGGAAAUAUGGGUCCUCCUGGUUUUCCUGGUCCUCAAGGCUCAUCUGGACUUACUGGUCAGCAGGGUGAGAGAGGAACAGCAGGACCACCAGGUGUGAAGGGUGAAACGGGCCCUCCAGGGACUAAUGGAUACCCAGGUUCUAUGGGACCACCUGGGCUUCCUGGCCUGAAGGGCGAGAGAGGGACACCAGGCAGUGCGGGAACGAAGGGAGAAUCGGGUCCACCAGGCAACCCAGGAUACCAGGGAAAGGCUGGAGUAGCGGGACCCAAAGGAGAGGCUGGACUGGCAGGUUCCGAUGGACCGAAGGGAGAUCAGGGCUCCCAAGGGCAACCAGGAUUCCCAGGUACACCGGGCCCCCCUGGUCCCCCUGGGAAACAAGGAAGAGAAGGACCACCUGGACCCAAGGCUGACAAGGGUAAUGAUGGAGCACAAGGUCCGCAGGGCUCGUCUGGACCUCCAGGUUCUUCUGGGUCUCCUGGUUUGCAGGGACCUCCUGGAUUUGAGGGAUUGGACGGUAAAGAUGGGAAACCAGGAAUGAGGGGUGAGCCAGGGAUUCCAGGGACGGUAGGACCCAGAGGAAUCCCGGGUUUCAAAGGGAAGCAUGGACAUGUUGGCUUCCCUGGACAGAAGGGUGAUGCUGGACCUGUAGGCCCACCGGGGACAGCUGGUAGACCAGGACUUGAAGGUGAUGCCGGAGCCCCAGGGCCUCAGGGUCGACCCGGUCCCCCAGGACAGCUUGGUUCUGCAGGAGCAGCGGGGCCCCCAGGACCGGCAGGCCCAGCAGGAGUGGGUAUAAAGGGGGAGAAAGGCCAGGCUGCAGACAGAGGGCUACCAGGGAUGGUUGGCCCUGCUGGACCCCCCGGUCAUCCAGGAAUGAUGGGAGAACCAGGCAGUGAUGGAGCUGCGGGUAAAGACGGAUCACCUGGUCUGCCAGGAGACAAUGGACAAUGUGGUCAAAAGGGUGAAGCAGGUACCCCAGGUCAGAGAGGCGCACCAGGGGAGCGAGGUCGCCCGGGACCCCCUGGCGGAGGUGGGUACUCCUCCAAGGCUGAUGCCCCAAUGAUGGGCCAAGUGGGACCCAGGGGAGAGAGGGGCACCCCAGGCUCACCAGGCACUUCAGGUUCCCCCGGACCUCCAGGAAUACCAGGCAACGAUCCUGUGGUCAACUAUGACAACAUCAAGGACUUCAUUCGCCAGCAGGUCAUCAAGAUCUUUGAUGAGAGGAUGGCCUACUUCAUGUCUCGUAUACCGCAGCCACAAGAGGAGUCAUCUCCCGGUCGUCCUGGACCCCCAGGGAAGGAUGGUAACCCAGGCAGAGAUGGGACUCCAGGAGCCCCAGGUCAGCCAGGACAGAUGGGUAGAGAGGGCCGCCAUGGACCCUUGGGACCACAGGGUCCACGAGGUCUAAAGGGAGAGAAAGGUGACAAGGGUGUAGGGGAGAUGGGUGACAGUGGACCCCCAGGAGCACCAGGUGUUCCAGGCCCCCCAGGUUAUGGUAAGAUGGGCCCCAGUGGCCCUGUGGGUCAGCAGGGGAUCCCUGGAGUCUCAGGAACCCCUGGACAGCCGGGUCAGAAGGGCAGGGAGGGCCGGUGUAACCCCUCUGACUGUAUGAGCCAACCAAUAGAGUGGAACCCUAAGGGCCCUCCCAUCAAGGGCCCCUACUAGAGAGAAAGUAUUGGAGAGGAGGAGAGAGAUUGAGAGAUAGAAGAAACCAACCCAAAGACCAGAAGGGACUAGAGAAAGGAGAGGAGGGGAGAAGAGAGAACAGAUCAAACAGAAGACCAGAGCUACCGUCCGAUCAACAGAAAUCAUCCCAGGAGAACAAAUGAAUACUGAAGCACCAAUAGUUGGUGUGGAGGACACAUCCCUAAUUCAUCAAAGGGUUUGCCAGUUAGCUGUCCUCACCGCCUGUGUAGAAAAUAUAUAUGUGUAGGACCUUCCUCUAACUGAAGCCUUAGUACCGGCUGAAGUGGCUUCAAUAAAGGAGAUAUUUGGACGCUGUGCUCUCCUCUCUUUCAUAUAUUUUCCCAACUUUAGCUGCCAGCUCUUUCUAUAUGUUAGACAUGUUUAUUUUGACAAUAACAGCAAGAGCAUAUCCAGCCUGAAAAAUGACCUGCAAAUUCUUCCUCAUCUUCACUAUCAUCCUCAUCUUCAUUCUGAUUAUAAAAUGUGCCCAUUGGGAGUAUUAGGCAGCUACCUUGUGAUAUUCUGCUUCGAUCUAGCUUCUGUCUAGCCAUAGAAACAACAUUAAUAGAACUGACAUGGCACUCCCAUUUCAAAUUCCCAUUCUCAUCGUUCUAUCUCUUUGUACAUUUCGUUUGAUUUCUAUGCUUGAAUAUACUCCCUCAUCACUUGAAUGAUACCUGAUGCUUUAACAGAUCUGUACGCUAUAUCCUCAAAUCAUGGCCUUAUUAGAAGUUCUCACCUUCUCUUCCCUGUUUGCGUGAGAAGAACAUAAUGUACACCUCCCAAGAGUGCCUGUUUUGUACAUAUUUCUAUUUAUAUGUAAUAGCUUUUUAUACCUUUUGGAUUUGGCGUCAAUAUGGCUAACCAUGUUUUCGCUAUGGUCAACUGUCAGGAAUCCACUACGAGUGUGGAUUUUAUAAGCUUUCAAAGUGGAGUUAUUUGUUCAUAAAAAAUUGGAGAGAAUUGGAUUUCUAUAUGAUGGUAUAAUUAUACUUUGGAAGAUAUUUUCAUGCUUGCCUUUGUAUAAAGUACAUGACAUCAUUUUCAAAACUGCCUCAACUGGCAAAACAAUUUAAUUUCUAGUUCUGUAGCAAUUUAUCAACAAGUCUCUUACAUCAUCAAGCUUAUUUUUGAUAACAGAGCAACUGUAAAGGGAUCUUUUCUCGUCCAGCACACCACUGGUUACUGUAACUGAAAUAACAGAUCAACUGUAAAGGGAUCAUUUGCUCGUCAGGCACACCACUGGUUACUGUAACUGAAAUAGGGUUGUAAAAAUUCCCAGGGUUUUCAGAAAUCCUUGUUUGGAAGAGGGCGGGGAUAAGCAGAAUAUUCAGAAUCCUCCAACCAGGAUUAAUGGAAAACCUGGGGAUUUUGGGCAAGUUACCGUCAUUUUGCCAUGCUUAACGGAAAUAGAUGCUUUAUGACCUCUAAGAGAAACAGGCAGAAUUUUCAUAGGAGAGGCUGUUUAGCAUCUUCACCCAAACCUUCGCUGACAUCACUGUGCCAAUCAGCUUCUCCUCGUAUCCAUUACUGAGUACAACUUGUAUGUCUCCUGCCUUGUAUGUUGUGUUAUUUUCAAUGUUUGCAGUUUUACCUGUCAUCUAUACACUACAGGCCAGGGUGUCAGUAACCACUAGCUGUGUAAGGGAUUUGUCACCAUGUUAAGAUUCAUAUGGAUGUUCUGAGUUGUUAUUGGAAGGGCCAUGAGGUUUUCCUGAUAUUUUGACCUGUCCAUAGUAGUUCCUGGUCAGGAAAACCUACUGACCCUAGUUAUACUGAACAAAGCACCCCCAUAGUUCUCCCCUCUUCAGUCCUAGCUUUCAUAAACAUCUUGUUGAAACGGCACCACUGUUCUCCUGCUACUCUCAGUGUAUCUGUUGUGUGUUUUAUGUUGGCAUCACUUUUUAUAAAGAGAUUUUUUUUUUUAUGAAAACCUUUCAGAAAAAGAUAAUAAAAUGUUUUAAGCAGA